AUGGCGGCGGGGGGCAGGCUGGAGGAUCAGGGUUCCUUGGAUCCAUCCCAGAGUAUUGAAGAUGACCCUCUUCUGGACACCCAGCAUCUUUCAAAUUAUUCAUUGCAUGCUAAUUUUAGACCCAAAUUUCAUCCUCUUCCCACGGUCAUCAUAGCAAAUCUUCUCCUGUUAAUACAUGUUGUAUUUGUUAUUUUAGCAUUUGUAACAGGUGUGAUCUGUUCUUACCCUAAUCCAACUGAGGACAAGUGCCCAGGAAACUACACCAACCCACUGAAAGUUCAGACGGUCAUAAUCCUUGGAAAAGUCAUUUUAUGGAUUCUGCAUUUCCUUCUUGAACACUACAUUCAGUAUCACCACAGCAAAGUAAGAAACCGAGGCUAUAACAUGAUCUACCGAUCCACCAGGCAUCUUAAAAGACUUGUUCUAAUGAUCCACUCCACAGGCAGCACAGCACUCCUCCUCAUCCUGUGCAUCCAGCAUUCCUUCCCGGAGCCCAGCAGGCUGUACCUCGACCUCAUCCUGGCCCUGCUGGCCCUGGAACUGUUCUGCUCCCUGACGUGUCUGCUCAUCUACACAGGGAAGAUUCGAAAAUUUAAUAAAGCCAAACCACAGCCUGAUAUACUUGAAGAGGAAAAAGUCUGUGCUUACCCCAGCAAUAUUACUUCAGAGACUGGAUUCAGGACUAUUUCAAGCCUAGAAGAAAUUGUCGAAAAGCAAGGAGACAUAAUAGUAUACCUGAAGCGACACAAUGCGCUGCUGAGUAAGCGGCUGUUGGCUUUCACUUCCUCGGACCUAGGCUCUCACCCAAGUAGAGUGUGAGAGUUCAGUGUCAAGACAGCAGCUGCAGAGGGAUCCAGACUAAUGGAAGACUGAACGUCCAGCAAGCUGUCUUAGAAAAUGGCAGCUUUUGCCAAAUAACAUUUUAGUUUUGGUUGGAAACCUGAAUUUGGUUCUCACCUGUGUGGCUAUUUGAUAGGGCUUGUGGAUCAUGUGAAGGUGAUUGGUAGAGCCUCGGUCACUCAAGAAUGUUUGUUUUGCAUUUUGGAAUGACUUAACUGCCUGGUUUAUCCUAGGAUCAAAGGUAGAGUUGAUCCAACACUUCUUUUCUUCUACAGGACAUAAGAACCCUGUAAUAAUUUGGCUAUUUAUAGAGGGAGGCUUAUGUGCCAAUGAUUUCAGAACAGGAAUUUGAUCAAGUAAGUUCUUCCCCCUUUUCAACUGCUGAGGGGAGUCAUUUAUGUUGUUUCUUCCGAUGGAGCCUUAUCUAUAUUUUAUAUGCUUGUGUGGUAUUGAAUGGCAGCUUGGCCCCUGUAGCUUUUAUAAAAAGUUUUCUCACUAUAGGAUCAAAUUCUUACUAAAUGAUUUACUAUGAACACUCCUACAGUUUUCCAUUCUUCAGAAAUAAGACAAGAUGACUUGGAUCAGUGUUGCGCUGACCAGUUAGACAUAACCAUAGUGGCCCGUUCCACUACAGCACCUUCCACUUCAACAGUGUAGAAGACCUCAAACUUUAUUUUUGCCCUUCAAGAACAUGCCAUGCAUUUCAGUAUUGACUAUAUACCUUCAGUGGAUCAAUAACCUCAGUGAUAGGAAAGGCAUCUUCUGUGGCUUUUUGUCUCAAAAGAGAAAAAGGACACCUCAUUUAGCCUUGGAUUAUAAAAAUGACGAUGGGCAUAAAAAGCCCUAUGAACUGCUAUACUGAUAUGAAACAUCCAAAUCUCCAGAUAAAGGGAAGCAUUUUUAUGAGUAAAUGGCAUUCUACUGUAGUUUUCCUACUGUGCUCCUUUAUCAGUUUGCUCUUGGCGCCUUAACAGGCUGCCUUAGAAAGACUUGGUUGAAAGAUGAACGCAGGGAGGGGAUAUCUGUAAUAAUCUAUGCUACUAAUUUAUUUUAUUUAUUCUUAAAUUUUAUUGUAUUUAGCUGAACAAUCAAUAUUUGGUUUAAAAACCCUUAACCUAGACAUGACCAUCUGGCAAAGGAUGUAGUCAUGUGGUUACACCCACUGUUACUUAAGAAGGGCAAACACCUGUUUGGCUACGGCCAUUGUGGGGCACUCUGAGAGGUUUCUACUAAGGUGAAGGUGAUGGUGUGUCAUCUGCAGGCAUAAGUGCCAUUGAGUCCCCAAAAUGAUAAACUCACAGACUAAAGCCAAACUGUAUUUUUAACAUUCAAGUCAUCCCUAAGUUUCCUGACCCCCCCCCCCACCUCAACCCCCCUUUUAUUUCUUCCUUUUUAUUAAGUAUAUCUCGAAACCAUUGCCUUCUCUGGAAAUCUGUCUCUGUUCUGGAAGAGUCUGUAAACUUUGCCAUCAGCUGUUUUUGAUUUCAAAAGAAAACAGUGAUGGUAGAUGUUUAAUUCUUAUUUAUCUUUAAAUUCAAUUUGGAGCUAAUCAGUUUCUAAGGUUUAUGAGAUGAACUUUGGUUUACAGAGAAAAAGGCACAGUUAAAACGUUAGCAUACUCAGGUUCUAUUAUGUCAGCUAGGUGCCUGCCAACACUCUUUUUAAACUCAAUAAUGAACAUUGCAAACAAUAAAAGAAAAUAAAACUAAGUACUGACCCAGCAAAACAGAAAAAUGAUCAAAGUAAUUUCCCUGUUAAGUGUGCUAUUAAUCAGGCAAAUACUGUGUUAGCAUCAUGGGUACAAAAAUGACUGGCAGACCCGGGUUAGGAGCCUAAGAGGACCAGGGUUUCUGGGCCUGGCUCAGUGAAAUGAUGGAAGUGAGUCCAAAGUUUCUGUGGGAGCUCCAGGUCAGAGCACCUAGAGGGGAAGGUGGCUUUAGGAAUUCCAGGCAAAUCCAUGAGUAAAGAAAGCAACGGAAGAUCAUGAGAACUGUAGAGCUUGAACCAAGUUUGUGGCAGGACGUGGGAGAAGAGGUGGACAGCCUCAGCUCCUGGAGGACUGCCGCUGUCUGUCCUGUGUUGUUGAAACAUAAUGAAACUUUCUUCUUGAGGGGAGCAACUGUGAGGGGGAGUUAGAUCUACUGUCAUAUUAAUACAAUACUCAUCG